AUGCAGCGCACCGCGUUUUCCCGGCUGCUCUUGCCUGGCCGAUUGUGGCCUUCCCCCAGGCCUUACCUCCGGACCAUAUACGGAAUCGAGUUCCGGCGGCAAACCCUGCGGCGCAGUUUCUCCAGCUCUCAAUGCUUGAGCAAAAGCAAGAAGAAGGACAACGCAAAGGGCGCAUCAGCUUCAGGCUCCGAGACAAAAGCCUCGCAGGCAUCCGCCUCGUCCGAUGACCCGCUGGACCUCUCGCAGCUCGAGGACGGAAUCGCGGCCGCAGUUUCUCGGCUGAAAGAUGAUCUCUCAAAACUUCGAGUGGGAGGAAGGCUGAACCCGGAGACAAUUGAGGGUCUCCGUGUGCAGCUGGGCAAAGACACAAAGGAUAUAGCGAAGCUUGGAGAAUUGGCACAGGUUGUUCCCAAGGGUGGACGUAUGGUGACAUUACUGGUAGCCGAAGAGAGUUAUUUGAAACCGAUAUCUUCAGCAAUUCUGUCCUCCAACCUUUCCCUCACACCCCAGCCGGACUCGCAUAAUGCGCUACAACUCAACAUUCCAAUCCCGCCCCCGACAAAAGAAUCCCGAGAUCAGACGGUACUGGCGGCCAAGGCGGCGAUGGAGAAGGCUUCAAACAGUGUCCGCGAUGCACGGGGCGUUGUCCACAAGCGUCUCCAAACCUUGGUGAAAAAGAAGGCCGCUAGGCCUGACGAUGCCCGCAAAUCCCAAGACAAGAUGGACAAGCUGACUGAAAAGGGACAAAAGGAAGUGAAGGACUUGUUUGAGACGGCAAAGAAGGCCAUGGAACGAGUUUGA